AUGGCGAGAAGACAGCGUCCAGUGACAGAAGCAGACCAGGAAAAUCCAGGUUUGCAGAGACCAUCUUCUGCCGCCUCUGAAGAACAAGACGAGGAGCCACAUCGGUAUCUUUGUUUGGUCAUGUCAUUCCCAGCUGUGAUCCUUUUGGGAGUUGCCGCUGGCCUGACAAUCUACUUGAUAUCGUUGAAAUCCAACAAUGACAGUAGCAAGGCGCUUGUCACUUCGGCACCGAGUUCGCCGGAAGAUUGGUUUGAUUUCACCGAAAAUCUUGGUGGCAAUAAUAAUGAUGACCUGGCUUUGUCCUUUCCAACACAAAAGCCCACGCAGAAUCCAACUCGCAUAACCUCCAACUUGUUCUAUGACGACGAUGACAAUUUUCAGUCGAGACCCCCCACAGUCCCAUUGCCACAGGCCAAUCCUCCGUCUCUUUCGACGAUGCUGCCUACGAUUGAGCCUUUCUUCAUUGAGGAUGCCCGAAAUCGAUUUCAACAGAUCUUGGUAUCCCGAUCCACUUCUGGCUUUACGGUCACUCGUGAUGGAGACGGCGGCACUCCUCAGGCCAAGGCUCUAAAUUGGCUCAUUCGGGAUCCCCGAUUUUAUUCCUACACGGAUGAUCGUCUUUUGCAACGUUGGGUAUUGGCCACCUUUGCCUUUGGAAUGGUAUCAUCCGAGAAAAGUGGCGGUGGCGGUAAUUCCAUAUUCAGUCAACAACAACAACAACAAGAAGACGAACAACAAUUGUCCAUCCCACAAGCCAUGCAGAAUUGGGUCCGAUAUACAGAUGAAUGUACCCGUUGGUUCUACACUCUGGGAGAUGAUAAUGGCAAGACGGUCUGUGAUAGUGAUGGACUGUACGUGAGACUCGAUUUGAGGUUGCAGCAUCUGGUGGGAACACUUCCGUCCGAGAUUGCCUUGUUAUCGAAUCACUUGCGCUACAUUCACUUAUUUGACAAUCGAAUUCAAGGAACUUUGCCCACUGAAUUCGGGCUGCUGACAAAGUUAGAACGAUUGGAACUGACCAAGAAUGAUUUGGUAGGCCCAUUACCAAGUGAGCUGGGCAAUCUUGACACUCUACGAUUCUUGGGAAUCGGCCAAAAUUCGUUCGAAGGGCCUCUCCCCACUUCGUUGGGCAAGCUAAGUCGCCUAAACACGAUUGGUCUCGAAUGGAACCAAUUUACAGAGAUACCAAGCGAACUGGGAAAUAUGGUGGAGACUCGAAUACUGAACAUGGACCACAACGCUUUCGCGACGGGCGGCGUGCCUACGACCCUUGGUCAACUUUCGAAUCUGAAGCAAUUGAACCUCAUUUUCAACAGUGGCCUCGUUGGAACGAUGCCCGUCGAAGUGUGUAAUUUGAAAAUGGAUGUUUUGCAGGCUGACUGUGACAAGUUGGAUUGCGACUGUUGCACAUUCUGUAACUAUUACAACUCAACUAGAUAG